AGUGUUGGCACUUGUAUUUGAAAUAGCACGUUCUAAAGGUCACCACUUAACCUGGCUUAUCAAAUCACAAAUGGCUUUGAUAUAUAACUAAAUUGCAUUCAAGUAUUCAAAGUGAAAAGUGAUUUUUCAUUAAUUUUUCUGUAGCUGGUUCACUUGUUUUAACAUUUACCGUGCGAAUACAAUUCAAACGAAAUCAUGCCUCCAGCACAAGCCGCACCAAAAUUGAAUGAAAGUGUCGAUCGUGGCAUUAAUGCCGUUUUACUGGGACCACCUGGUUCGGGAAAAGGUACACAGGCACCACUUUUAAAGAAAAAAUACUGUGUAUGUCAUCUUUCAACAGGUGACAUGUUACGAGCUGAAACCUCUUCAGGUUCCAAGCUUGGUAAAGAACUAAAAAAAGUUAUGGACGAAGGUAAAUUAGUGAGUGAUGAUUUGGUUGUGGAUUUAAUUGCAACGAAUUUAGAUAAGCCAGAAUGUAGUAAUGGGUUCCUUCUUGAUGGAUUUCCACGGUCUGUACCGCAGGCGGAAAAAUUAGAUAAAUUAUUAGAGGAACGGAAAACUCCGUUGGAUGCGGUUAUUGAAUUUGGGAUCGAUGAUAAUUUACUUGUACGUCGAAUUACUGGACGAUUAAUUCAUCCAGCUAGUGGUCGAUCUUAUCAUGAAGAGUUUCAACCGCCAAAAGUUCAUAUGGUCGAUGAUAUAACUGGUGAACCAUUAAUUCGUCGUUCGGAUGAUAAUGCUGCAGCAUUAAUCAAACGCUUAAAUACUUAUCAUACUCAAACAACUCCUUUAGUCGAUUACUAUCAACGUAAACAUAUCCAUCAUCGAGUCGAUGCCGCCCAAUCAGCUGGUGCUGUAUUUCAAAGUAUCGAUUCAAUAUUCAUGAGGUGCAUGCGUUUUAAAAGUACAGCCUAAAUCUAAAAGUCUACAACUCUACAGCUCUAAAGCUCUACAGCUCUAAUUCCAGAUAAAUCAUAAUAAAUCAUAAAAAACCAUUCAGUGUAUCCUUCAAAACCUCCAAAACUCAACAAAAUUUGUUGUAUUUUUUGAUUUUCUCAAGAUUUGAGAUCAACUGCCUAAAAAAUAAAAAGUUUCCGUUUGCAUAUGACGUCAUUACUUAUCAGGGUUGCUAAUAUUUUAGAAGAUUUCAACAUGUUUCAAAGAAAUUCAUUAAUCGGGAAGAAAUUAGGGAGUUUUCCUGUAAUUCAAAUUGGCUGUGAUGAAAUAUUAAGAAAAUCAACUUUCAUUAUAAUUCAUUGUGCCACGCAAUUGGGGAAAACGGGAAAACCUCAGUGGAUUUUUCCAAUUUUGAAUAGGAUUGGCGAUCAACCUGGAAAUCUGGAAAUGUCAAACAAUUUUGAGAUUCUAAAAUGGUUUAAAAACAAUAUCUUUCUAGUUUUUAAAAUUAGAAAUUCGAAGACCUGAUUGAUUCUUCGUCGAAAUCUUGAAAUGUAUAUAUAUGACAUUGAUUUUAGCCACAAAAUCUCAUUUUUGAGUUCGAUUUAUCCUAAUUAAUGGUUUUUUUUUGACGCAAAUACAGAUUUCUUCAAAAUUUCAGAUGAACAAUUCGAUCGCCAACCUGAGUUUGUUGAUUAAUCGAACGAUAAGCGAUUUAUAAAAGAAAAUUUUGGAAUCCUAUCACGUUUUCACAUGUUUGUAAUCUAUGUAAAUUUAAUGUCGUAAACUACAGAGUGGCCCCAACAAAUACAUCAUUUUUAUUGGUAAAUUUAACACCAGCCAUUAGGAUCUAUCCAAAAUGUGCAGAAUUUCGACCAUUUUGGUCCAUAAUAUCUUGAUAUUUGGACACAUUUGUUUUCAAUAGCUUCCAAUUCAGAAGUGAGACCGAUGAAUGAUCAUGGUCUUCCGGAAUAGUUCUUCAGGACAUUCUGGACUAUUCUUUCUUCUUCAAAAUGAUCUCACAAAACUUGUAUAUGUGUUAAAUGUCAUCCAUCCAACCCUGUAUUAACUGCCAAAACGUAAAAAAAUGUACGUUUAUAUAGCAAAGUGGUGCUUUACAUGUAAAUUCCAAGCCCUAAUUCCCCCCGUCCAACAUCCAACGUCUCUCCAACCCCCACCCACCCCGUCUAUAUCAAUAAAAGAAGAAUUCUUAUUUUUAGAAAUGGGUUUAUUUUAAUAUAGAGGACUUUUCUUUUUAAAAAUAUGUAUAUAGUGAAUCUUUUCUGUUUAAACAGAGGUCACAGGGUCAGGUCGUUUGAUAGUGACCUCUUUGAUAGUCAAUUGUUUUUAAACUUUGGCCAAUGUUGUUAUUUUUUUCCUUUUUUUUUUAUGAAAUAAUUUGGGAUGUAUAUUUGUAGUGUAGAUUGUUGGCCAAUUUAUACUAAAAUUUUCAAAAUACUGGAAAAGUGGCUACGCCAAAUUGAAGCUAAUUUUUCUUGCCACUGCAUACAUGUUACAAUUAUGGGUUUCAUGUUUCUACAUAAUAUUAAGAUAAGAAUGGGAUAAUAAUUUCAAAAAUGAUCCUUAAAUGUUCGUUUCUUUAAUUGGUUUUAAUGAUAAUGAAUCGGAAUGAAUUGGAAAAUUCUGAUUCAUUAAUCGGACUUUUUUAUCAGGGCGUGCAAAUCAUUAAAGAAGAAGUGAGGAGUUUAAAGUUUUUCUAGGCCAUCGAGUCAAUAAAAACAAGAAACUCUUUUUUCGAGUUAGAGAACAUUUUUUGAUGUCAAAAUGUGGCUGAUAAUUCUACGAUUUUUAGCUGAUCUUCAGACAUUUUCGAUAUAAGGUUUAUUUUGAGACAAAUUUCUCAUUCAUUUUACAUCGGUGGAUAACAACUACACUUUAUGCUGUGUCCGUUAGGUAAUUGUCAGUUUCAAACAAUAUAUGCUUUGUCGACAGCACACAAUUAAAAAACAAAGUUAUCAGAACGUGACGUAUUUGGUUUUUCGUCGGAGUUGAACAUUUAAGUAUGAUUUUGUUUGAAAUUAUUAGUUUUAAGGACCUUAUAAGCAUAAUAAUUUUUUUUUUUGAAAUCUAUAAUUGGUAACGACCAAAAAUCUUGAUCUAUUCUAAAAUAAAAA